AUUUAGACGAAAGAUCCACCCAACCUAAUUGAAAACAAUUGUUCCCGUAUUUAUUUUCAUGAGAACUACUUUACCUUUGCAAUUAACACCCAGAUUUAAGCAAUAUUUGAUUCCCAUAAAGAUGAGUCAAUACAACGUUGGUUGAGGUGGCCCUAUAACCCACAACAAUAACAAGGUGUUGUGCAUGUUGUUGCUGACAAUCAUGAAUUCUGCAACAUCUUUUUCAGACAGUUCUUGUCAGAUUGGUAAUUUACUCUCAGGAUCAUGGGAACUCACUCAGGUGGCCUUGGGAGAAGCCUCACCAAGUAGUCUGUUUGAGGGCUUCUUUAACCAUAUUGUAAGCAAGCCCAGUUACUGUAUUGCAUUUUGUAGUGAAGAUUGGCUAAGCAAGCCAGAUGUGUUUAAUAUCAAGGAGGAGAAGGGAAAUUUGACGCUUCUUGAGUAUAUAAGUGGGUCCCUUCCACCUACUUGUGAACUUGGGCUAGUGUCUGCCACAGGAGUAAUAGGAACUGUUGAAAACAACUUUCAAGGCCAUUGGCUUGAGUCAGCCAGCAAUAUGAAUCAAGAAAUAUUAUCCUAUCUCUGUAGUAAAGAAAAAGAAAAAAAAAAGCUUAAUAAAUGGUGUAAGAGAUCAAAUAAUUCAGAGGAAAUAGAGGGCAAAGAGGAAGAAGAAAAUUUGCAAAAUAAGAUAUCCCAAAACACCUUGUCUCAAAAUGCAUCAAAAAGUACAUCAUCACAGAGCACUUCAUCCCAAAGUGCAUCAUCACAUAAUGUAUCACAAAAUACAAUAUCACAAAGUAGUUCAUGCAGUUCAUCAUCAGGUGAUGCAGUCACUGCCAUGAAAAACAGUGACAUUGUUAAACGGUCUAGUGUUGGAUACAGCAUUGAGGUAGAAGGGAAUAAUACAUCACAUCGGCAAGCAGAUGCUGUUUCUCUGUUGCUUAUUCCACACCAUCCUGGAGUUCAGCUGAAAUUCUUCAAACUUUGUGAGGAGACAUUCUUCAAGGAUUAUCGUAAAGAUGAAGAUGCAAGUUGUGACAACCUUACCAUCACUGGUAGUGAGUUCAACCAAAUGACAUCUGUGUCACAGGAUGACCGAGUCAAAGCCUUACUCAUAUUUGAUGUUGGCCUUGAUGAAGGCUUCACAGAAGCUUUCAUUCAUUCAGCUCUGCUCAGGCAAAAUCAUAAAUUGGCUCUUGGAGGUGGUGUUGCUGAUAGUGUGCAUACUGGCAAGAAUACUUCGUUUAGCCAGAGUAGUUUUGGUAUUGCGAUAUGUGGACCAAAUGUAAUGGCGGCUUCAGUCGUUAUACCAAAAUACAUUAAUAACCCCAAGGGUUUGGAUGACUUUAUGAAAGAGUUGAAAUCGUGUGGGCUUCCUGAAGACCAGAGUGUAGCAUUUAUGUUUUCCUGCUGUGGUCGUGGCUACUCUUGGUAUCGUCGCCGAGGCAAUCCUUGGUUUGAUUACCAUAGUGUGGAAACUAAAGCCUUCAGACAAUUCUUCCCUAAUACACCGAUCUUUGGCUUCUUUGGUGGAGGAGAGAUAGGUUUGAAUCACUUUCCAAAGUUUUGUGAGAGAGAGCAAGAAGAUGAAAGAGUUCUACACAAGAAAAGAAAAAAGAAAAUGUUUCAUCAGUUUUCAACCAUCAUUGUCUUUUUGUCAUUUUUGUGAUGUAAUUUAAUGCAUGUAGUAAUCGUAACAUAUGAUUAUCACUGUGGGUGUCCUCCUUCAUAUACAUAUAAAUUUAUCAUCAUUUUUGAACAUGUAAAUUUUAUAGUUAUUAUUUUAGUUGUGGUGAAGUACCCUUGUUACUUGAGUUUUUAAAUGAAUAGAACACUAAACAUAGGUCUAUUUUUAGCUGAACUGAAAAUAGAUCUGAAAGUAAAAAAACUGCCUAUUUCUGCAUAAUUUAAUACCUAAUCAAUCGUACAGCAUGGUAUAUGUAAAAUCCAGCAAAGUCAUACAGUCAUGCAUCGCUUAAUGACAAAGAUACAUUCUGAGAACUGCAUCAUUAGGCGAUUUCGUCAUGUGCAAACAUCAUAGAGAUGUGUAAGACUGCUCCUGGCGUACUGUGUUACAAUAAACUAUUUUUUUAUAUAUAGAAACAGUACACUCAAAGAGUAACGAUAAAAAGUAUAAUAUAGUAAAUAUAUAAAGUAACAUACAAUAGUUGUUUAUUAUAAAGUACAGUGGACCCCCGCAUAACGAUUACCUCCGAAUGUGACCAAUUAUGUAAGUGUAUUUAUGUAAGUGCGUUUGUACGUGUAUGUUUGGGGGUCUGAAAUGGACUAAUCUACUUCACAAUAUUUCUUAUGGGAACAAAUUCGGUCAGUACUGGCACCUGAACAUACUUCUGGAGUGAAAAAAUAUCGUUAACCGGGGGGUCCACUGUAUUUCGUGGCUUAUAAGACUUGUUUAAGUUUCAAUGGCUCGGCAUCGGACGUACGUAACCGGGAGAGCUACAGCCCACCCCACACCCAAACUUAUAGGACGCAGGGUGGUUUUUGGAGACAUUUAUGAAAAAAAAAAAUGGGUCUAAUAAGAUUCUAAAUACAGUGUGUACCAUACAUAAUUGUAUGUGUUAUGCUUUUAUACGACUGGCAGCACAUGGGACCACUGUCAUAUACACAGUCCAUCAUUGACCAAAAUAUUGUUAUGCGGGACAUGACUGUAAUACUAAAUUAUGAAACGUUUCUGCUGUACACAAGGUAUAUAAUGUAAUGCUAGAAUGUGAUUAGAGAUGUGUUAGAGGAUGCUAUUUAUUGCCUGUCUCAUUGUUGCUUUCAAAGAAUGAAGGAUUGUCUCAU